GCAACGUCAACCACCAGAACAAAGCCGGCUACACGGCCCUCAUGCUGGCGGCCCUGGCGGCCCUGGAGCGGGAAGAAGACAUGGCUGUCGUCCAGAGGCUUUUCGGCUCGGGCAACGUCGAUGCCAAGGCGAGCCAGGCCGGGCAGACGGCACUGAUGCUGGCCGUCAGCCACGGGAGGCAGGAGAUGGUGGCGGCCCUGCUGGCGUGCGGGGCGGACGUCAACCUGCGGGACGAGGAGGGCUCCACCGCACUCAUGUGCGCCUGCGAGCACGGCCGGGCCGGCACCGUGCGGCUGCUUCUCUCUCAGCCGGCCUGCGACGUCUCCAUCGCGGAUCACGACGGCAAUGAUGCAGCUUCCAUCGCCCUGGAGGCGGGCCAUCACGACAUCGCCGGACUGAUAUCUGCCCACCUCGCACAACCAGUGGCAGGAUCCCCAGAGACCACCAGGAAGACCUCCGGCAGGGACAAGAGGCAGCUUUAGAGCAAGGCUCCUACCUGGGGCCUGAGCUGCUGACCAGAAUGUUGUUUUACCCAAGAGCAAGCGAUACUGUCCUGUGAGACUCUUGAAGUUGCUGCCCAGAGCAGUGCCAGCACCCACUGACCACGAAGCUGACCCUUCUGUGCGCCCCACCAGGGAAAAGAGGGGGCGAGGGAGCUGGGGGGCAAAUUCCCUCCCUGCUCAUCCCUCAAGCAGGGCUACACCUGAGAAGGCAUGCACUCCUCCAUCCACAAGGGCCCCAGGCCUCAGCGAGCCAACCUCAGUCGACACCACCAGGCUAAGCCGCCCA